AGCUGUUUCCCCAGUCGGCGCUCAGCCGUUGAGUUGUCUGUUGAAUUGUGACAGAGAUAGAGACAUAUUAAUGAACAGUGAGCGAGAGCGAACGGGUUGAGACGAGAAAAAAAAAACAAGGAUAACAACACAGAGACACCGAUACUCCCGCCACUUCUCCAUUCCCUCGUCUUCCAGUUUUGUUUUUUUUUUACUUUUGGAACGUCACGGCCCAUUAAGACUGAGCAUUUUGCAAAUUGAAUUCGUUCCCGUUGUUUUUUGGGGAGUCAUUUUUUUCUUCCACACCCUCGAUUGACAAUCGGCAAUGGAUGAGAGUGAUAAAUUACUCCUAAUUACGAACAAUGAAAUAAAAAAGUGCGAUGGAUGUAAAUACGCGGAGAAUUGUCGUCCUGCAUUGAAGUUAUUUUUGUUACUUUGCAUAACUACUGUGAUGCCAACUGAUGUAGAGUAUCUUGUACCUACGGAUUAUUUAUUCGAUUUUUGAGAGCUGAUGGAGCGCAAAUGUUUUUAAUGAAGGAAAUCAACACGCGAGUUGCCUCGAUACAAAAUACAUUGCUGUGUGAUGAUAGUUAAGGACAACCGGUGGAACUUGUUAACCAGCGAUUCCAAUUUAUUAAUUGUUUCACUUGUGCCAACAGUAAGCCACUGGCAACGGGUUAUCUUCCACUUGUACACAUGAUUAUUUUCGUAGAAUGGGAAAGAGUACCGAUGUUGUACGAGUGCAUCUCUUGAUUGAACAGAGAGAUUGAUGAAUAUUCUUUGUUUAAAGAAAAUUGAAGAAAAUAGAAAAUUUGGAGGUGCUAUUGUCAUGAAGGAUAUGGGAUUGGCAGAUGCUGAUUUGAGCAUGGGCACUGGAGGCACAGGAGGUGCAGUGCUCGGUAUACCAGGAUCUGGUAUUGGCGGUGGUGUUUUAUCGCAACACUGUGCCAUUUGUGGUGAUAGAGCAACGGGUAAACAUUAUGGUGCUGCGUCGUGUGACGGUUGCAAAGGAUUUUUCCGGCGUUCCGUGAGGAAAAAUCAUCUCUACACGUGCAGAUUCAGCCGAAAUUGUGUGGUCGAUAAGGACAAACGCAACCAAUGUAGAUACUGCAGGCUGAGGAAGUGUUUCAAAGCGGGUAUGAAGAAGGAAGCGGUGCAAAAUGAACGAGAUAGGAUCAGUUGCAGAAGACCCAGUUACGAAGAGCAAACAAGUAAUGGUGGUGGCCUGUCUGUUGUAUCUUUAUUGCAGGCCGAAAUGCUGAGUAGACAAGUAGUGGCGGCCUUAGAGGUUCAACAACUUGGUAGUCCACACAAUGAGACUGAUCUUAGUAAUAAGCAGAUAGCAAACAUAAACGAUGUAUGUGACAGCAUGAAACAACAAUUGUUGAUUUUGGUUGAAUGGGCCAAGUACAUUCCCGCAUUUUGUGAACUCACAUUGGACGAUCAAGUUGCCCUACUGAGGGCCCACGCGGGUGAGCAUCUACUUCUUGGCGUUGCUCGACGCAGUAUGCAUCUCAAUGAUGUAUUGUUACUCGGAAAUAAUUGUAUCAUCACAAAAAGCUGCCCUGUCAUAUCAUUGCCAACAGAGGGACGCAAUCAGGAUCUGGAUAUCAGCAGGGUUGGAAUACGUGUGAUGGAUGAGCUGGUUAAGCCAUUGAACGACGUGCAGAUUGACGAUACCGAAUUUGCGUGUCUCAAGGCCAUUGUAUUCUUCGAUCCAAAUGCAAAGGGCUUGAGUGAGUCGGCACGAAUCAAACAUCUGCGGUAUCAAAUCCAAAUAAAUCUCGAGGAUUACAUCAGUGACCGUCAAUACGACAGUCGAGGACGUUUUGGCGAAAUUCUAUUGACACUGCCAGCCCUUCAAUCCAUCUCCUGGCAAAUGAUUGAGCAAAUACAGUUUGUUAGGUUGUUUGGUGUUGCCCACAUAGACAGUCUACUUCAAGAGAUGCUUCUCGGUGGUGCUAGUACUGAUUUAAACGGCGGAACAACACCUCUACCAGUACCUCAUGCACCGGAGAGCUAUGUCAGCAGUAAUGAGAGUCCCAGUAGUCCAUUAACACCAGCCAAUACUGGUCCUCUGAGUCCUCAGGAUCACAUGCUUGGUGCUACUAGCCCUGUCAUGAUUCUCCAGGAUUUGACAACUUUGCCUCACGAUGAUGCCAACACUGUUGUCAAUUUUCGAUUAUUCAAACAGGAACCCAGUAUGGAAACUGAAACGCCUUUUUGACUAGAGGAACUAUCACUCUACUCGGAUGAUGUCAAACUCUAUACACAGUGAUGUGUUAUUUAUGUUUUCAUCAAUGGCAUAAUAUUUUAUUGUCUAUAGUUUGGGAUUAAGGGUCUCUUCGGGCAUUCGUUGGUAAUCAGAGUGCCUAACACAAUCACCUCAAAUCGCUCAAUGUUUCUGAUUAUGAUACAUUUAAGUGUUAUCUUUUUUUUCGUUUUAUGAGACGAUACAGGUACUGAGCACAAUUAUAUUUUUUAUGAACUCUUGCCAUCUUUGGUGCUCAAAAUUAUUGCUCAAUUUAAAAAUUAGUGAUUACAUUAUUCGUGGUGAAUGAAUACUGAAGAUCAGUGUUGGGAUUGUCGAUGAAUGGUAAAUGACGAUCAAUAUUGAUACAAAAACAUUUAGAGUCUUGAGAGCAAUGACACAGUUAUAAUCCUCCCCCCCCCCAAAUUGGGAGAAGAAAAACCGUAGAGAUUCUAUCGUUGUUUUAUGCAAAUAUUCGCGUGCGUAAAUGAUUUAUCAGUUCACAUUCUAUGGUAUUAUCGUUAAAGGUAUAUUUUUGAUAAAUGUGUCGUUAAGACAUUGAAUUUUGUAAUUGAGAAAUUUUUUUCUUGAUAUAUAUAUAUAUAUGUAAAAAUUGUCAUUCCGAUAAUGCAGUUAUAAGUGCAAGCUCACAUAUAUAGAAAUAUAUAAUCGUUGUUGUAAAUAAUGCAAGAAAUAGAUAGUGAUUGUUCAAGAUAAUCGAAAAAAAACUUUGAUUAUUUUUGACAAUGUAAGCCGCUGCAAUGCAAUUUAAUUAAGUAACACCGAUUUUAAUAACUUGGUGGAUUCUCAUGAAUCAGGUAUAAUAGAUUCCAAAGUUCGAUUUAUGAACAGAUGUCGUAAAUUAUUUGAUCAAAUAAAGGAAAGAUUUUACAUUAUAGUUUCAAUUUUUGGCCGGACAUUAAAGCAAUAUUAAUUAAUUAAGACUUUAGAAUGCUCUUAGAUAUUCCGAGAUAUUUUCGCGAAGAAAUAAUCUCAAGUAAUAUUAGAAAAUUGCAUCAGGGAUACAAGAAUUAAUUUUCUAGUAGUUUUAAUAUUUGUUGAUAUUUAAUACUUGCAAAAUGUGGAGUAAAUUUGAGGCAAAAUAUGAUUGAUUUCUUUUUUAAGAGAGGAAUUUUAUUCAAGAUAUUAGUUUUCAGACAUUGACAAAAAUUUCUUUUAAUCUGAUAUAAGAAAUUUAAUAAUUAGCAUUGGGUUGUGAAUCCAAACUCUAUGCAAGGAAUAUUAAAAAAAUAUUUGUUAUCUAAUUAUGUUCACUCUUGUUUACGAUUUCAUUCUUUAGUCGCCUAUAGAAUAAUUUUUAUUUGUUAUUUAAUUACGAAUUCGAUGUUUGUAUAAGUGAAUAAAGGGAUAUGUGAUUUACUAUA